AUGACAGAAUCGUUUCAAAAGUGGAUUCUUUCUGAAGAUGAAUUGAGGCCUUUCUUCAACAGUGCAUCUUAUGGAAAAGAAAGUGGUUGGGUAGAUCCCUUCUCAUUCGACGAGGCAUGGUUGCCGACGGAUCUUCCUCUCCCUCUGAUGCGACCAGCUAUUGGGGCCUUGACGAAGGAUGGACAAGUCAAAUACCUCAUGCCGGCACUGGAUAUGUGUGUGCAGGCGGGAGGGAAACUUUGGUGGAAUCGAGGCAUCAACUCAGUCCCACUUGCUAAGAGAUGGCUGGAUGUGAAUUGUGCUGAUCUAAGUCGCAUGUCAAUCCAAGCUUUCUGCCAAGGCGGGUAUGAAGAUGCAAAACGAGCUGUAAAGGAGCUGGGCGAUGAUCACCCUGAUAACGAACUUGGACCCUGGAAAAAGUUGUGGGAAGCGCCGGCAGCGAAAGGAAUAGUAGAGCUUGUUGAAACCCUCUCCGAUGACAAAGGUGCAUGUGUAGAGAAAGGGUAUCAUAUCAUCGUCAUCCCAUUGCCCGAAGAGCCUUUGCGCGAAGCUCCUGAUGCUGGAAAUAGACUUCGCUUAUGUUUGUCUGCGGCAGGAGCUAUAGACCCGUUGCAGGAUGGAAUAGAAACGACAUACUCAGAGUUGAAUGUGCUCUUCCGAGCAACCAUGCCAGGGAAUGAAUCUGAACAUAUGCCACAAGUGUACAAAGAACUUUUCAACCUUGCGGGCUCAUGA